AUGCCAUUCAGACAAGCACUUCAGGGUCUAAUCGACAAGGCAGAUAAGGCUUGGGACGACAUAACCAACCAAAAUUCCCAAUCAGCGCCGUCAAACAAUGCCCCACCGCCUAUCCCAACCUCCAGCAAACCCCCACUAGGAUAUCCGGAGCAGCAGCAACCCCAGAUUUAUUGGCAACCCAACCUACAUCCUCAGGCUCCGGUGUCAUCCAACUUCUAUCACGAGCAAGGCCAACAUGGAUGGGGCAACAAUGAGGCACAAAACUACAUCGACAGCCCCCAAAACUCGUUCCAUUCCCCGCAAGGUGAUGCACUGAUCGUGCGCGCUCUGAUCAACCACGGGCAUCCGGAACAUACCCAAAAGUUCACCAGCGCCAGACUCUCGAGUCAUCAGACCCUGGACCGAUCGCGAGGCUGCCUAUCAGCUAGAAUCACGGCCCCGGUGGCCGGGGGUAUCUGGCCGGCCUUUUGGUUGCUCCCUAAAGAUCCUUUCAAGUGGCCCGAGGAUGGUGAGAUUGAUAUCAUGGAAGCGUGGAAUGGAGAUGCCAUCAACCACACAUGUCUGCAUUGGGGCCAUUUCAACGGCGAGGACUGGAACAAACAUCGUGUUCUCGAAACACCUAUUCCCAACAUCAGCUCGCCGGUGGGGGUAAGGUACGAUUUUGUCUGGGACGAAGACGAAAGCACAGGUGGCGGGCGCUUGAUCUGGUUGAUUGAUGGCAUGCCCGUCAUGCGGGCGGAGAAGCCGCCUGGCACGAGGAAGAUGAGUGAGUUCCGAAUUCUCAUCAACAUCGCUGUGGGAGGAAAUGUCUGCCAGGGAAAUAUGCCUGCCGAUGGGUGCUAUGAGACAGUGGUUCGUGAAUUGGCUAUGUGGGAUGCACCACCCUGGGGUUGGAAUCAGUUUGACCGGGUCUGGUGGGAUUCAAAAGAUGGCAAAACCAUGUAG